AUGGACCAGAGGCGACAUGAUGUCUCGCGACAUCCUGUGAGUGUGGACGAGCUAGUCUCUAGAUCCAAGAAUCUGGGCGAGACAGGGACCGUCAGCAUCAAGGACCGAAUAGCAUGCUUUCAGUGGACUUGGUUCACGUCGACAAUGGCUACAGGAGGGAUUGCCAAUGUCCUUGCGUCAAUACCAUUUCGCGCCCGAUGGUUAGACAUCAUCGGACUCAUAUUCUUCUUUUUCAACAUCUGCAUUUUCAUCACCAAUACGGUCCUGUUGGUGAUGCGUUUCCGUCUACGGCCCGGGAGUCUGCGAAACUCGUUCACUGAUCAGUUCGAGUCGCUUUUCAUCCCAGCUAGUAUUGUCUCGCUCGGGACCAUCUGCAUCAAUAUAUGUCAAUACGGUGUCCCGAAUACGGGCCCCUGGCUACUCCACACAAUGGAGGUUCUGUUCUGGAUGUGGACAGUGCUGGCUGUCUCGGCCAGCAGCACCGUCUACGUGAUCCUGUGGUCGACCAUGACUUUCCCGAUACACACCAUGACGCCUGUCUGGGUCUUUCCUGCGUAUCCUCUCCUGAUCACGGCCCCUUUCGCUGCCAACCUCAUUAACGCGGCCGUAAAGGUAGGUGAGGUCAAUCAGAUCAACGGCUUGCCCAUCACGAUGGCCGCAGUGGCCGUCCAGGGGAUGGGAUUUAGUCUCUCCUUCAUGGUCCUGGCGGCCUUUAUAUACAGACUCAUGACGCAAAAAUUACCACGAGAUACACAGCGGCCUGGUGUGUUCAUCUCGAUCGGACCCAGUGGAUUUACCACGGCAGGAAUCGUGGAACUCGGCAGUCUGGCAGCUGAAAUACUACCUGAGGACUUUAUGGAGCCAGGUAUGACGGAACAUGCUGUAUUCAUCCUGAAAUUACUCUCGGCCAUGAUUGGGCUGUGGCUCUGGGGCCUAGCGGUCUGGUUCUUCAUCGUAUCGAUCGGGUCAUUCUGGAAGUAUGCCGAGCCGGACCAUAAGACAAAAGUGUCCUUCCAGAUGACGUUCUUUUCGUUCGUAUUCCCCAAUACUGCCCUGGUGACUGCCACGUAUCAGAUCGGAAAGGCGUUCAACUGCAACCCUCUCGAGAUUGUGGGAUGUGUCAUGGCCGGCCUCCUGGUGGUCGUCUGGGCCGUCGUCUUUACCAUGAUGCUGCGGAGUAUCUGGACGCGACAAUUGCUCUGGCCCAAGAUGGACUAGUGGCAAGUCUCGAUGUACUGUUUUGCAUAUACUAUAGUACAAACAAACAAUGAACGGGAUUUCUGUGUAAGAAUAUU